AUACUUAUAACGGCUUUGGUUGAAUUUUUGGCCAUUUGAAACAGUUCGAUCAAUUUUAGCACAACUAUAAAUUUCUUUUUGCCCAAAAUAUAUCUUUAAGAUCUAUGUGGGAAAUGUAUUUAGGUGUAUCCUCACUUAUUUCUUAAGGGUAUACCCAUCCUCUGUAUGCGACCUCCUGUUAUUCUUCAUAUAGUCUGAUUGGAUGCGGUGGCUCUGAGAGAGGUAUAGGAUACGUUCCUCCGCUGUUUGUAACCCAGCAACAGUUUCAAUGAAUGGGUGGCUGAACAAAUCCUAUUAUUUUCAGAAUUGACACUAUUAGAUCAGACGUGUCCCGCAGAGUAGCCUAGACCAUUUCCAAUAUUGCCUCAGACAAAGUGACUCCGCAAGAGAACGCUUUUUAAUUUAUUUGACCAAAUUCGGGGCACGAGGGAGGCUUACUUUUAGCUGUAAGUAAAUCAAAGUAAUUUUUGCUGAUACAACAAUACUUUAUUUGCUAAAUGUCACGUUCAUUAUGUGUUGUAAAAAUGCCUGCUACUUGGUAAUGUUUCCCAAAUAAUUGCAUGACUUCGGGGGGGUUGAUAUAGGGAGAUCCGCUCUACGCACGCGUGUCAAACACAGGGUUCCACCCUCUACCUGAAAGGAGCGCACCUGAAUCCAACGAGACGGAAGUACUUUGCCGAGAUUGAGAAAGGCUCUAGUACUGUGCCGACGCUUUCUUUUUGGCAACAAUUACUCUGGAUUUUGUUUGACAGUCUAUGACAAUUCUGGAUAUUUCGAGCCGGAUUUUCGGUAUGAUUGGAAUCAUUUGAUGGACUUUUAUGAGUAAUUUGCAGUGCAGUUCCUAUUCUUAUUAUGUAACGUCUUGACUGUUGUAAACAUUCUCUCUUAAUGGGCAGAAUAUUGGAAUCAAACAAUAACAUACUUGAAAUUUCAUAAGGACAUCUUGAACAGAGUUACCUCCUGGCAGCUGACUCUGUGUUGGGUGAAGUACUGUCUCAAAGCAAUCAUCCCCACAUUGCUCCAGAAGAAUGAGUGGUCUUCGCAGAAUUCUACGAAGGCGAUUACAUCCCUUAAAACUGGUGAUCGUGGCGCUUAUUUUUGUCACAUUUUUGUUCCUUAUACAACGGGAGGUAGUUAACCAAAGUCCUUCCGAAGAGGAGCCCUGGCUGAAGGAGAUGGCUGUCAAACGGGAUGCCGUACUUGGCAUGGUGAUGGGUGCUGUAAAUAACUUCAGAGAUGCCAUGCCAAAGAUGCAGAUCAAAGCCCCAGUGCGAAAGCAUGAGACUGCCGGGGACUUCUCCUGUUUGUCAGGGACCUACACGGCUGCCGAGCUCAGGCCGGCACUGGAGCGUCCACCUCAGGACCCCAAUGGCCCCGGGGCCUCUGGGAAGCCCUUUCACACAGACCAUCUGAGCCCUGCUGAACAGAAGGAGAAGGAGCAUGGAGAGGAGAAACACUGCUUCAAUCUCUACGCCAGCGACCGCAUCUCUCUUAGCCGUGACCUGGGCCCUGACACCAGACCACCAGAGUGUAUCGAGCAGACCUUCAAGCGUUGCCCCCCUCUGCUGACCACCAGCGUGAUUAUUGUGUUUCACAACGAAGGCUGGAGCACUCUGCUGAGGACAGUGUACAGCGUCCUCCACACCUCCCCUGCCAUCUUCCUGAAGGAGAUCAUCCUGGUGGACGACGCCAGCGUGGAUGAUGCCUUAAAGGAAGAGCUGGAUGAGUAUUUGAAGCGGCUGCACAUUGUGCGCGUGGUGCGCCAGCGCGAGAGAAAGGGCCUAAUCACUGCUCGGCUUCUUGGGGCCUCUGUGGCCACUGGAGACAUUCUCACCUUCCUCGAUGCUCACUGUGAAUGUUUCAAUGGUUGGCUAGAGCCUUUACUGGCUCGUAUAGCGGAGAACUACACUGCAGUAGUGAGUCCUGAUAUCACCACCAUUGACCUUAACACCUUUGAGUUCAUGAAGCCCUCGCCAUAUGGACAGAACCACAACCGUGGUAACUUUGACUGGGGACUGUCCUUUGGCUGGGAGAGUCUACCAGACCACGAGAAACAGAGAAGAAAAGAUGAGACUUAUCCGAUCAAGACACCAACAUUUGCCGGGGGACUGUUCUCAAUCUCCAAAGACUACUUCUACCUUAUUGGAAGCUACGAUGAAGAAAUGGAAAUCUGGGGCGGGGAGAAUAUUGAAAUGUCUUUCAGAGUGUGGCAGUGUGGGGGUCAGCUGGAAAUCAUCCCAUGCUCCAUUGUGGGUCAUGUGUUCCGCACCAAGAGCCCCCACACCUUCCCGAAAGGCACCCAGGUGAUUGCGCGCAACCAGGUACGGCUGGCAGAAGUCUGGAUGGACGACUACAAGGAAAUCUUCUACCGACGCAACCAGCAGGCUGCCCAGCUGGCUAAAGAUAGGGCCUUUGGAGACGUCGGGCGGCGCGUGGACCUCCGGGAGCGACUGCAGUGCAAGAGCUUCUCCUGGUAUUUGAAGAACGUGUAUCCAGAGGUCUUCAUGCCCGAUCUCAACCCGCUCCAUUUUGGCUCGGUGAAGAACAUGGGUAAAGACUCAUGUCUGGAUGCAGGAGAGAACAACGAAGGGGGGAAACCGCUCAUCAUGUAUCCCUGCCACGGCCUCGGAGGAAACCAGUAUUUUGAGUACUCGACCCAUCACGAGAUUCGCCACAACAUUCAAAAGGAGCUGUGUUUGCAUGGGACGGGUGGAGCUGUGAAGCUGGAGGACUGCCAGUAUAAAGGCCGCAGCACAUUUGUAGGAGCAGAACAGAAGUGGGAGUUAAAGGAGAACCAGUUGUUCUACAUACCAGGAUGGAACCUGUGCCUCAGUGCCCGUCACGAGCACCCCUCCUUGGUGGCCUGCAACCCCUCAGACCGAUACCAACUGUGGCUCUUCGUCUGAGGACAGGAUCAACUUGGACCUGGUCACCUGUUGACGAUCUGUGCCUGGACAUUCUAGGAACAUUAGAACUUGUUCAAACCUUGGACGAUCUGUGCCUUGGCAGGACUGUUAGAGCAAAUAGCAAUUGGGGUACAUUUUAUCAAAUUGAAUUUUUAUUUAUUUUUCUAUGUAGAAGAACUACUGCUGGAAAGUUUUGUAUUUUGAGGUGAAUUUGCGACCUCGGGAAGGAAGCAUUUGAGCUGUUACUGAAGACUUUAUGGUUUAUUAUUCUUGCAUUCCUUUUUUAUAAUGAUUGAGGUUAAAUAAGGAAUACUUUUUUGUCAUUCAAGCCAGUUUAAGGCAGUACAUUGGACUGUGAAGAGACUUUAGAUUGAAGCUGAAUGAAGAAAGGAUAUUUU